AUGGCGGGGGAUCUUGUAGUUGGAGUACUCUACAACUUAUUGGUGCCACUGCUUCUCCUGACUGCUUCUUCGUUCCGCUACAACGGCCUGUCUGUGGUGUACUUUGUGUUCUUGCUCACGCUGCCGUUGCUGCCGAACCCAAGCCCGGUCACCCUGAAAGGUAAAACUGGUCAGUUCCUGCGGCUGAUCGUCUACACGAGCCUGAUCUUUCUGACCCUGCAGUGUUUCAUGCAGAUCCCCUUCGCUUACAUCUCCCCACACGUUAGUGGCUUCUGGGAAGAUUUUCUCUACCAUUUUGGAAUUGUAAGGUUCAGCUCGGUUGAUGCUGGAAACAUUGUGCGUCUCUUGGCCCCAGACGUUGGCCUUUCCUUUUCCGUUUUGUUCAUACUGAGGCUGUGCAAAAAACGUCUGCGCCCCGUGCCUCAAGUCAGCCUCCAUGAAAAUGGAAUCCCACCCUCCAUCCCCGAGGAUGUAGAAACGUCCGAUUCAGAAUCAGAGGACGGAAGUGUCCCAGAGGGCUCGUCUUUUGACAGCUCAGAGGAGACUACAGUCCCGGUUCAGUCGAGCCCACCACAGUUUGUCCAGAAACUGAUCAUGUUUGCAGCCGGACUGAGGCUGCUGCUGUUGGCAAUCAUGAACACAGCGGGGAAGGUGGUGGUGACCCUUCUGCUGGGGCUGGCAGGUAUCACACUGCCCUCUCUCACCUCCGGAGUGUAUUUUGGCGUGUUUCUUAGUCUGGUGUGGUGGUGGAUAUUCAGCCGCUCCAUCAGCAUGCUGGUUUUCAGCUCCUUGUGUGUGAUGAUGGCCAUCUUCAGCGCAGGACAUCUGCUGGCUCUGUAUGUGUAUCAGCUGCCUCUGUCCCAGCAGCUCAUACCACCAGAUGACAUCUACGCCAGGUUGUUCGGCAUGACAGGGGUAAUCAGAACCAGCUCUUCACACCCACACCGUCUGGGCCUGCACCCGCAUGUGUGCUGGCCGGACUUCAUCAACCCUUUGGUUCUUCUGCUGCUCUACUACACACUGGUGACUCUGCUGCACAGAUGGGUCCACGUCAUGGAGGAGAGUUGUUGUUCUUCUCAGGAUGUUGCUGUCGUUGAUGAGUCUGAGAGCCCGUUAGAAAGUCCAGAAGCUCCACCAAGCUUCUCCAGGGUCAUCUACAUCUCAGGAGACAAACAAGAGCUUUUAAGCAGCACAGAUGACGAGACCUAUCUGCCAGAUGAGCCAAUGAUUCUGAUAAGUGGAAGUUCCUGGCAAAACGUCCACAGCAGCAGUGUUGGGUGUCUGCUUGAAGGGGCAGGUUACACAAACUGUUACGCUCCAUCACAUAAAGAAGACCGAGCCCCACCUUCACACGAAAUCGACGGGAAAACGGAUGACGAGAAUGAGGAAGUCUCAAAGAGCCUGACAGAAACCACACCUUCGCCCUCAGGCCCGAGUGGUCUGGUCAUCUUUGGACGACUGUUGCAGAAACACAGCUAUGUCAGUGCUCUCGUCAUAAUGAUGGUGUGGAGCAUCACUUACAACAACUGGCUGACUUUUGUCUUGCUUGUGUGGUCCUGCAUCAUUUGGAUGAUGCGGGACCGUCGGCGGUACGCCAUGAUGUCCGCCCCUUUCCUUGCCAUCUAUGGCACUGUCCUGGUGGUUCUGGGCUUCCUGAGUGGGCUCCGUCUGAGUCGGGCCGAGCUGUACCCCGGCCUGCCCCCGGCUGUGAUCGUGGACUUCGACUUGAAUAGCUACCACCCUGCGCCCUGCAUCCACCUGGGAGCAAAGGUCUUCUACAGCUUUAACUUCUGGUUGAUGUUUCGUCAGCAGCUGAAGGAGAGGCAAGAGAAGCAGAGCAUGAAAAAUAAAUCCCUUGAAGAAAUCCAAGACAUGCCACAGGAGGAAAAUGAGCCUUCUCCUCUGGUAGUCAUGCUGAUCUCAGGUGUAAAAGGGAUUUUGGUAAAAUACUGGAUCCUCUUCUGCUGCUCCAUGUUCUUCAUAGUCAGCUUCUCUGGGAAGGUGGUGGUCUACAAAAUCCUCUACAUCGUUCUUUUCCUCCUGUGUGUUGUUCUGUACCAGGUUGGUAAAUUUGACGACUUACAUAUAUAUGGUAAAUUUGUUGAAUUUGUCUUUCUUGUAUUUACUUCCAGAGAAGAAGAACUGAAGUGUUCAGUAAAUCUGAUAGCGGACAUCAUUAAAGAAAAUAUUGCAAAGUUACAACAAAGGCUUGUGAAGGAGCAGGUGGGACAUGGCAAAAGUCAGGAGACUCUGGACAGCAUUGAACAACAAACCUCCUCCCUGAAAGGAGCUGAGGAGCAGGAGGAGGCAACUGAUGAAACGAUCCCAUGCAGUCGUGAGGAAAAGUGGGGCCUGAUUGUGGACCGGACGAGCCUGCUCCUGGUUCAGGCCGUCUCUGGACUCCGCAGGCUGCAGGAGCUCAGCUGGAGACUGAUGGAGCUCCACAGCCUCAAAAUUGUGUCAUCUGGCAUCAUCUGGGUGUCGCUGCAAGAGGUUUCACUGAUGAACUUCCUUUUUCUGGUUCUGUGGGUGUUUGCGCUUCCGUUCCCACGGUUACGACCUCUGGCCUCCAGCGUCUCUGCUGUGUGGGCCUGCGUCAUGGUGGUGUGCAAGAUGUUUUACCAGCUCAAAGUCAUCAAACCUCUCGAUUACUCGUCCAACUGCACUGCUGACUUUCUGCCGUCCAACAGCUCAGGGCUGGACGAUGGAGCAGAACUGAUGGGGAACAUGGUGGAGCUGCUCCGGAGGUCUGUUCUCUACAUCGAACCUGUUGACCCUGUCUACUGGUGCGGAGCGCUGAGAAAGUGCGAGGGCAGAAUCCUCCCCUGCCUCAGGAACCAUCUGAUGGUGCUCGGGUUGCUUGUCUUCGAGGCGACUGUUCACCGCCACCAGCUCUACUUCCGUCUCCGUAACGACCUGAAGCCUCCACCCUUCAGCAUCAUCUUCCACGGCAUCACGAGGCAGCACCUCGAUCACGGCGUCCUGCCCUGCAUCAAAUACUUCAUCAACUUUGGCUUCUACAGAUUUGGACUUGAGAUGAGUUUAAUCGUGGCAGUGAAUGUAAUCGGUCAGAGGAUGGAUUUCUACGCGUUGUUCCACUCCUGUGCGUUGAUGGCUGUCCUGUUUCGGCGACGUAGGAAAGCCAUCGGGGAGGUUUGGCCCAAAUAUUGCUGUUUCACAGCUGGACUGAUGGUGUUUCAGUACCUGCUCUGCAUCGGCAUCCCUCCUGCUCUCUGUGUUGAUUAUCCCUGGAGAACAGCAGUUCAUCCUUUAACGUCAAAUGUUAUUAAGUGGUUUUACCUUCCCGACUUUGCCAUGAGACCCAACCCAUUGUUCAUCUUCUACGACCACCUCCUGCUGCUCUGCUCGGCUCUGCAGUGGCAGGUUUUUGUGGAGGAGAACCGAGCAGCGGUGCGACUGCUGGCCGGAGACAACGUGGAGAUCAGCCGCAGUUUGGAUCCUUGUUCCUUCAACCAGUUCAUACCUGUUCACAACUUUCUUCACUGCAGGAGCUACCUGGACAUGGUGAAGGUGUUUGUUUUCAGCUACUUCUUCUGGCUGGUGCUCUGCCUCAUCUUCAUCACCGGCACCACGCGAAUCAACAUCUUCUGCCUCGGAUACCUGGUCGCCUGUUUUUACUUUAUGCUGUUUGGUGGCAGCGUGCUGAUGCAGCCGGUCAGGUACAUACUUCGCCUGUGGGACUGGCUCAUCGGCUACACCUGCUUUGUGAUCACCAUGAAGAACUUGCUGUCUCUUGGUUCCUGUGGUUUCCUGGACAGCCUGUUGAAGAACAGCUGCUGGUUGAUUCAGGCCUUCAGCAUGUUCUGCACCAUCAAAGGCUACGAUGUUCCGGAGCCUGUUGACGAGUGUGAGCUGCCAGAGGGUGAAGCCGGCAUCGUCUGGGAUGCGAUCUGCUUCACCGUCCUCCUGGCACAGAGGAGGGUCUUCCUGAGCUACUACUUCCUCUACGUGGUGUCUGACCUCAAAUCCUCAAAGAUUUUAGCCUCAAGGGGGGCUGAGCUGUUUGAGGCCAAAGUGAAGAAGCAGAUAGCAGCCAGACUGGAGAUGGAGAAGAAAUCUGUCGAGACGCUGAAGAGACAGAUGGAGAAGAUAAAAUCUAAACAGAGGAGUCCUCAGACGGCUUCAGACGAAGCAGAACUUCCUGCAGAUCAGGCAGCACUGGAUGACGAAAAGGCAAAGAGAGAUGCGGGGAAGUGGUGGAAGCCUUGGGUCUCUCAGCCUGGAGUGGAAAACAACUGUGGCUACCACUUGUUUGAGAGUGACAGUGAAGAGGAUGAAGAGGAAGUUACCGAGAAGAAAGAGGAAGAAGAACGACCAAAGAAGAAAUCAGCUUUCCAGUUGGCCUACAACGCCUGGGUCACCAGCUCAAAAAAUGCUCUGAAGGACCUGAAGAAAGAGAAGAAGAUUUUUAAGAAGGAGGAAAAGAGGCGGGCAAAGAGAGAGCUGCAGAAGCAGCAGGGCAUUGAAAGAACAGACUCAAGUGAGGAAGAACUGGAUGAAAGUGCUGUGGAGGAAGAGGGAGAGGAGGAAAAAGAAAACAUCUUGCAGCGCAUCAUUAACACGAUCAAAUUCAGCUGGGUGUUUCUUCAGUCUCUUCUUGAUGACCUGACGGAUGGUCUGAACUCCUUCUGCAAAGACAGCCUGGACAUUUCCAAAGUGCUGCGCUUUGAGCGAGCGUUACUCAACCAGCAGCAAAAAAAGGGCAAAGAGGUGAGUCAGGAGAGCGUGAAGCAGUUUUAUGAGAGCUGGAUCUCCCGUCAGAACACGCUGUCAUCUCAGGAAGGUUUGGAUGCCCUGCCUCCCCCCCUCACCCCACAUGAAGCCCCCUCCUCACGUCACGCCUACGGCAGGCUGAAGAGCCAAGCCUCCAAAAUGUCCUUGGGCAGCAGCUUUUCCAGCUGCAUGACGGAUGAGACGAUGCUGGUCUCCAGGCAGCCGACGCAGGAAGAGCUGGACUAUUCGCCCGAUGACUCGCCUGCUGCUUGCCAGCUUCGCCGAAGACUCCUGAAAGAAGCACACAUCGACCUGACGUCCUUUGAGACUGACGAUGUUCCACAGAGUUGUAAAGAUGUGGCCUCUCAAAAAGAAGACCAUGAACAGGAGGACGUUGAACAAGAGGAGGACAUUGAACAAGAGGAGGACGUUGAACAGGAGGAGGACGUUGAACAGGAGGAGGACGUUGAACAGGAGGAGGACGUUGAACAGGAGGAGGAUGUUGAACAGGAGGAGGACCUAGAUGAAGAAUUAAAGCAAAAGGAAGGAGUUGGAAAGUCCAAAUACAUAUACGCCUCCCUGGAUCACCAGGAGAGUGAUGAAGAGGAUGGUGUGAUCCUCCCAGGCUCUCCCAGACCUCUGAGUCAGGAAACAAGGAACCUCACAGCUAGUGAGCUGCUGCUCAACAACAUGUUUGUGAACGAUGAGGUCUCAGACUCCGAUAAGUUUUACACCACCUUGCCGAGGCCCCUGAAGCUGCUCUUUGCCCUCUACAACAUGAUGGUGUCCAAGUCUGAGAUGCUGUGUUACUUUGUCAUCAUCCUGAACCACAUUGUGUCCGCUUCCUUUCUCUCCCUCAUCCUCCCCGUCCUGAUUUUCCUCUGGGCCAUGCUGUCUGUGCCCCGGCCCACCAAACGCUUCUGGAUGACCGCUAUAAUCUACACUGAGCUGACCGUUGUAGUGAAGUACUUUUUCCAGUUUGGUUUCUUCCCAUGGACCACUUCUGCUUACCGAGGCAUAAACGCUGAGCGGCCCUUUGCCCUGCCCAACAUCAUAGGGGUGGAGAAGAAAGACGGCUACGUCCUCUUCGAUCUCAUUCAGCUGCUGGCCCUGUUCUUCCACCGAUCCAUCCUGAAGUGCCAUGGGUUGUGGGACAACAAAGAAGUCGAGAUGCCUGAUUUCUUCAAGAAGUUGAAGAAAAAAGUGGACAAGAAGAAGAUGACAGGGGCUGAUAAGACAGGAGGGAAAGAAAAACCUUCACGCCGGCUGAAGUUCCUCCCUUUCCAGGCCUCCACCACCUCCCUGUUCUGCAGACAGAAACGGAACGAAUCUGAAGACUCUGAGGAGGUGAAGCUGAAGAAGCAGCCGAGCAAGAAAAAGAGACGGCAGCGGCACAUGACUCCACUGACGAGGAAGCAGAGGAUCAGACAGCAGAUCAGAGAGAGGAUGCUGCAAAUCAAAGCUACCGUCAUAGAAGUAGCUCUUCGCAUCUAUCUGCCCAUAAGACAGUUCUUUUAUGACAUCAUCCACCCAGAUUACAGUCCCGUGUGCGACGUCUACGCCCUCAUGUUUCUUGUUGAUGUCGUCAACUUCAUCGUUACCAUAUAUGGAUAUUGGGCAUUCGGGAAAUACUCUGCAGCAGCGGACAUCUCAGAGUCUCUGUCAGAAGACCAGGUCCCAGAAGCCUUUUUGGUGAUGCUGCUCAUGCAGUUUGGCACCAUGAUCGUUGACCGUGCUCUGUAUCUGCAGAAGUCCCUGCUAGGAAAGUGUGUUUUCCAGGUUGUGCUGGUGUUUGGCAUACACUUCUGGAUGUUCUUCAUCCUCCCCGGAGUUACAGAGAGGAGGUUCAACAGGAACCCAGUGGCCCAGCUGUGGUACUUUGUAAAGUGUAUCUACUUCGGCCUCUCUGCCUACCAGAUCAAAUGUGGCUACCCCAACCGCAUCUUGGGCAACUUCCUCACCAAAAACUACAACUACCUGAACCUCUUCCUCUUCCAGGGCUUUCGGAUGGUUCCCUUCCUGACAGAGCUGCGGGCCGUGAUGGACUGGGUUUGGACUGACACCACGCUGUCUCUCUCCAGCUGGAUUUGUGUUGAAGAUAUUUAUGCCAACAUUUUUGUCCUCAAGUGCUGGAGAGAGUCCGAAAAGAAAUACCCCCACCCUCCGGGGCAGAGGAAGAAGAAGGUGGUGAAAUAUGGAAUGGGAGGGUUCAUCAUCUUCGCUCUGAUCAGCAUCAUCUGGUUCCCUCUUCUCUUCAUGUCGCUGGUCCAGUCAGCGGUUGGAGUGACCAAUCAGCCGGUGGAGGUCUCCAUCCAGCUCAGCAUCGCUGGAUAUGAGCCUCUCUUCACAAUGAGCGCACAGGAGCAGAACUUGGUUGCGUACACAGAAGCAGGAUUCAGCCGACUCACCAAAAUUUAUGCUACGCAUCCAUCUGCCAUGCAGUUUCUGAUGAACUACGAGGCUGAGGACAUUGUUGUAGCUAAAAUCAAGAGCGAUGCCAGCCUGCUGUGGGGCAUCAGCCCAGCCAGUCGCGCCGCCAUGAUCCAAGAACUCAGCAGCUCUUCCCACAUUUACAUAACCUUACGCUGGACUCUGGUCAGGAACGCAUCAAUAUCGAUGGUUGUGGAGUCGGUGGGUGAACACACGGUGAAGUUUGACGACAAGGUCUUGAUGGAUGGAAUUGUACAAAUGCUCAAAGGAAACCACAGCAAAUCUGUGAUAAUUCAUUCUCUGCUGCCAAAGUUUAUUAGAGGUCCCAAGGGACAAGAGUCUAAAAUGGCCACCAGGAUGUCCGUCGAGCCGUCAGAGCGUCCAGAACUCCAGGCGCUGGCCUUCUUUAGGCCCAUGUCCAUUAGACUUGAGCAGGUCAACGGGACAUCGGACAAACAGGUGGACCAGUGGUGGGUGGUGGAGGAGUGCUCCUCUGUCCUCACCUCCUCUGAACACAAGUGUCACAGCAUUGAGAUCGGGGUGUUCAACGAUAAAGUCAGCCCCUCCAGUCUGGGCUUUCUGGCUGGACAUGGAAUUGUUGGCCUGUACAUGUCGGUGGUUCUGGUCAUUGGAAAGUUUGUUAGAGAAUUCUUCAAUGGGAUAUCUCGGUCCAUCAUGUUUGAGGAUCUGCCGUGUGUGGACCGAGUCCUGAAGCUCUGCACUGACAUUUUUGUGGUGCGGGAGACAGGAGAGAUGGAGCUGGAGGAGACUCUGUUUGAGAAACUCAUCUUCCUUUACCGAUCGCCGGAGACCAUGAUCAAAAUGACCAGAGAGAAGAAAGACAGCUAGGACUCAGCAUCACAUCUGCUCUUAGCAAGGGGAAGGGUUUUAUUUC